CUGCCCCAGUCGUCCAUGGCUUUGUAUGUUUACAGUGAGAAUUGUAUGGCAGGAAUUUUCUAACAUCAAAUAUUUAAACAUAAUUUGCAUCGAUACAAAAGUCCCAAUGGAGACAGAGAUCCUGUGACAAAGGUAAGCCACCAAUGAUUCGGAUGGAGUCCUCACGGAGCACAGGGGGUCACUCCCGUGAGUACAAGUUGGUGAUGUUAGGAGAAGGUGGUGUGGGCAAAAGUGCCAUCAUCAUGCAGUUUAUAAGUCACAGAUUUCCAGAGGAUCAUGACCCUACGAUCGAGGAUGCCUAUAAAACACAGAUCCGCAUUGAUGAUGAGCCAGCAAACCUGGACAUCUUGGACACAGCAGGACAGGCGGAGUUCACGGCGAUGCGUGAUCAGUACAUGCGAGCGGGAGAAGGUUUCAUCAUCUCGUACUCCAUCACGGAUCGCCGCAGUUUCCAGGAGGCACGGCACUUUAAGCAGCUGAUCUACCGUGUGAGACGCACCGUGGACACCCCCGUCGUACUGGUGGGAAACAAGUCUGACCUGGUCCAUCUCAGACAGGUGUCCGUCGAAGAGGGCAAACAGUUGGCGAGAGAGUUCCAGUGCCCGUUUUUUGAGACCUCCGCAGCGUUCCGUUAUUACAUCGACGAGGUGUUUGCCGCACUGGUGCGUCAGAUCCGCCAGCGCGAGGCCGAGAUGGUGCGGGGAAGCGAGAGGAAAACCCGACGCAGCCAUUCUUUCUGGAGUCGCCUUAAAGCCCCCUUCCAUAAGAAACAGCAGUCCGAGCACUGAGAGAGCCGCAGAGAAGGGCAUGUUCACCUUCCAGAUGAUUGUUCUCUCACCUACAGCUGUAUGAGUCCCACCUCUUUCAAUAAGGUUUGGGAACUGUAUUUAUAGUUCACAUUUGAUUGUUUGCGAUGAUGCACUCCCAAUCAUUUUGGUUAGACUACAACCCUCCCUGUGCAGGACACACUCACUCGUCAUAUGGGACGUGGGCUGAUUUACUGAGAAAUAUUAAACUUGACAGUAGUUUUUUUACUAUUCUUUUUUUUUUUUUUUUUUUUUAGACAGCAUUACACUUUGUGAAAUUGAAUGUCAGGGGGAAUGUUGAACCUCAUUUUAACGGAUGGGAAUGUAGGGAACAGGGCACGAAGGAUUUGACACACGUGUUUUUAAAAGACUGAAGUGAUGAGAGGUAAGGUCAUGUCAGAGAUUUGCUUGCAGGAAAAUAUGAAGGUCAAAUGAGUUUAAGAGAGCAGAGAGCAUGUGCAGAGUGGAAAGAAAGGACAAAGUGUCGGCGGAGGUUGGUAAAUAGGCAAGGAUUUAUGGUAGAAAUAUUAAUCUGCCAGUAUAUUGAGUACUGUAAACCGUUCCUGUAGUUCUGUUAGAUGCGUUUAAAAACAAUUGCUGUUGUUUUAAAAUUAAAAUGAGGGUUUGAUUUGCAACUCUUUUUAUUUAUAGCUUUUCUAAAACGACAUUUCACAAUAACAUGUCCAUAUAUAUAUAUUUGUAAAGUUGCUUGCUUAAGAUCAUUACGAAAUGGUUAAAUCAGUAUAAUGAAUUAUAAUGAAAAUAUUUUCAUUAUAAUUGGAAGCACAUUUCCCCACCAAUUCUCAUUAACUUAAUGAUUCUUAUUAGAUUCUCAUUACUGUAAAACAGUAAUAUUGUAUUAUCUAAAUAUAGAUUUCAUUCAUAUUACAGUAACAAUAUACACACACACAUACAGUAUAUAUAUAUAUAUAUAUAUAUAUAUAUAUAUAUAUAUAUUGCAUUAUGGAAAAUGCUAAUUUAAAAGGGGGAAUUGCUUUAUUGUCAUUAAAAUAUUGCCACAAUGCAAAAAUGCUCCUAAAAAGCCAUAAUCUUCUUGAAUCAAAAUAUAAUGUAUUAUCUUAAAUAUGACUUGGACAUGUUCUUAAAGGUUCUGUGAGAUUCAGUGUGUUUGAUGGAAACUGAACUGUAUGAUCUAGCUGCAAAAUACACUGUAUGAAUGACUUUGUGAAAUCUUGCUGAGCAAAAUUCAGGUCCACCUUUAAGCACAUUAACAGAAUUACUAACUUGAUUACGAUGGAAAGCAAAAUUGUUUCCUUUUUACACAGGGUAAUUUUUAUUCCAGUGGUGUCUGUAGUCAAUGUCGGGAAUGAAACGCCUUAAUGUGGCUUAAGAAGGUGAAUCCUUAUCUGGAUUUUCUCGUUCACAUGCUGUGCACUUACUACGCAUCAAAUUUGAAUGAUAUGUCUGUUCAUUUUGACAUUUCAUGGAAAAUUCUUGUUAUUACUUUUUUGUGAUUAUUAGAUUUUAUUUUUAAUUUUUAACCAAAAUGGUUUUACUAUAUUUUCCUUUAUUUAUUGUCAUCUGAGAUUCUCAAAUAAAAAUCACUUUACCAAUCUA